CAGCAACCUACAGUAACUCAGAUGCACAUACUGCGUUCCAUCUUAAGCGCUUCCCCACGACGAGCUCUCUCCUACACACGACCACAACUGCGACUCUCGACAAACUUUAGGCCGUCUGCGUGCUGGACUAACGCCACAUAUUUAACCGCGUCACUACGGUCACCACAAAGUUUCUAUCGACCACUAAGAGUCUCGGCUUCACUCGAGCCCCUCCAAACCUCCUGUCGCUACGGCACUCGCGCGCUAACGAUGGCGACCAAAAACUACGAUGAUAUUCUGAAGGGCAAGUAUCCUGCCAAGGAACACGCCAGGCGCGUUGUCGAGCUCAUCCGAUCCAGCCUGCCCGACGCCAAUGGAGUUCUCUAUCUGGAGGGACAAAAGACCAAGAUGAUUGAGGAUAAUGACAGCGAGGAACACUUCCGACAGCGCCGUUAUUUCUACUACCUGACCGGCUGCGAACUCCCCGACUGCUACUUCACCUACGACAUUGCUACCUCCCGCUCAACCCUCUACAUCCCACCUGUUGACCCCGAGUCCGUCAUCUGGUCGGGCCUGCCCAUGUCCGCCUCGGAGGCGCUGCAAAAGUACGACGUCGACGAGGUUCGCUACACCCACGAAGUCAACGCUGCCCUGACCAGCCUCUCCGAAGCGGCCCCCUCGUCCACCGUCUACGCGAUCCCAAACCAGGUCUCGGAUAGCAUAACCUUCCUCGGCUUCGGCGCCAAGAACUUUGACGUCCUCAAGCCGGCCAUCGAGCGCUCGCGCGUUGUCAAGACCGACUACGAGAUCGCCCUCAUCGCCAAGGCCAACGACAUCUCGGGCGCCGCCCACCUCGCCGUCCUGAAGCGCGUCCGCCAUGUCAGUAACGAGCGCGAGCUGUACGCCACCUUCCUGGCCGAGUGCAUCAGCCGCGGCGCACCCCACAUGGCAUACCACUCGAUCGUGGCGGCGGGCCGCGCUGCCGCGACGCUGCACUACGUCAAGAACGACGAGCCGACCGCCGGCAAGCUCAACCUGCUGCUGGACGCCGCGUGCGAGCUCGACUGCUACGCGUCCGACAUAACGCGCACGUUCCCCAUCUCGGGCAGCUUCACGCCCGAGUCACGCGCCAUAUACGACACUGUCCUGCGCAUGCAGCUCGAGACGCUGGCCAUGCUCAAGGAGGGCGUGCGGUGGGACGACGUGCACAUUCACGCGCACCGCGUCGCCAUUCAGGGCCUUCUGGAGGUUGGCAUUUUCAAGAAGGAGUUUGGCGUCGACGAGAUACUCGAGAGCAGGACCAGCGUUGCUUUUUUCCCGCAUGGGUUGGGCCACUACCUGGGUAUGGACACGCACGACACGGGCGGCAACGCCAACUACCAGGAUACGGACUCCAUGUUUAGGUAUCUUAGGGUCAGGGGAACGCUGCCGGCCGGUAGCGUGGUUACUGUCGAGCCAGGCAUCUACUUCUGCAACUUUAUCAUCGAGCCGUAUCUCAAGGAUGAGAAGCACGCCAAGUAUAUCGAUGCCGCGGUCUUGGAUAAGUACUGGGAUGUCGGUGGUGUUAGAAUCGAGGACAACGUCGUGAUCACCAAAGAUGGAUACGAUAACCUGACGACAGCGGUAAAGGACGCAAAGGAGCUGGAGAAGAUUAUCUCCUCAAGCUGAUUUUGAUAGCAUCUACCAGACACAAUUUAAUGCAUGUCUCCGCUUACUAGCGCAC